CCCACACAAGUUAGUUUACGAUGGGGUUCGACCUGAAAGCCCGCCUCCGCAGCUACUCUGACAAGUCCAACCCACUACUUAGUGCCUUCAAAUCUAUAUGGACGGUCUACAGAUCCACCGACCAUGAACCGGGGACCUCAGUCCAGCGCCGCGCGUUCGCGCAGUGGUUUACGGAAGUUUCACCGCACUUCAUCGCCUACGAAGACACGACCUCGCUGCCGGCGCUCGCGGCCGCCGCCCACGGGACCGUCCUCGAGCUGGGGCCCGGAUCCGGCAACCAGCUGCAGCGAUACAAGACCGACCAGAUCACCGCCAUCUACGGCGUGGAGCCCAACGCGGCGUUCCGCGCGGCGCUGACCGCCAGGAUCGCGGCGCUGCAGCUGGACGCCCUGUACGUGCCGGUGUUCUGCGACGUCAUGGACCGCGCGGCCCUCGAGAGGCACGGGCUCGUCGCCGAGAGCGUCGACUGCGUGACCAGCUUCGGCGUGCUGUGCUCCGUCGAGCACCCGGAGCAAGUGGUCGCCCAGCUCUGGCGGCUGUUGAAGCCCGGGGGCGAGUUGGUUGUCUGGGAGCACGCGGCGAGUGCGGACUGGGUUACCUGGGUCGUGCAGA